GGAGGAGGAGGAAGAGGAGGAGGAAGAGGAGGAGGGAAGAAGCAGCAGAAGAAGAAGCCGGCGGGGCCGGGAUGAGGUCCCGAGGGGUGUGGGAGUGACCUGGGGCCGGACUCCCGACCGCAGCACGCCCCAUGCCAGCCUCCCAGCCCGACGCGGGCCCUGCGGCCGUGCCGGAGCGCAGCGAGACCCCGACCUGAGCUGGGCUCGGCGCCACCCCAGUGCGGAUGACAGCUCUCCGAGCAGCAUCCCCGGAGGAUGGAAAAGAAAAAAAUGCUGUGUGACUUCUUUGAAGAGGAGAACCUUACCAGUUCCAGGGAGGAGAGCACUGAAGGUGAUGUGAAGACGUUUUGGACACAAUUGGGAGGUAGAAGAGUGGAUGUCAUAUUUGAGCAGGUGCAAAAUGUGCUGUUGUUGCUGAAGGAAAAGAUCAAGAAUGGAACUGCCACAAACCAAGAAUGCUGGCAGGCUUGGGCACUGGUGAAUGAAGCUAAUCUAGGUGAUCUCUUAACCCUGGCAAAUGUAAGUGAUGAGUUGAAUGGGGAUGGCGCACAGGAAACCGAACCCAAACUGCAGCCUCUUUCAGAUGACAGUGCUGCAGACACUAAAGAAAGUUCUGACAGCGAAAAAGAGGACAUGGAAAGAACAUGCCCAGGGAGUGAAGAAGUAUCUAGCAAAAUCCAAGGUUUACCUUUAAACGUGCAUUAUCAGAACCACAAGUGCUCUAGUGCAUGUCUUGCCAACAGAGCAGCAGGCUCCUACAAGGGUGAAAAUCCUCUGAAGAUCCCAAUCCUGUUUGACUUUCAAAGGCGCCAUGCAAAAGCAGACUGCCUUUCAAAAUCACUGGAUGUGAAUUACAAAGCUCCUUGCGGUCGGAGCCUGAGAAGCUUUCGAGAUGUGCGAAAUUACUUGUUUGAAACAGAGUGCAAUUUCUUAUUUCUUGAUCACUUUUCCUUCAACACAUAUGUACUGUUGGGCAGGAACACCAUGACUCCCGAACCCCUCGUGUUUGAGUUCGAUAUUAGCAACGGAGCCGAGUCUGUGCCCGUCUCCUUCUGUAACACUCUCGACCAUGCAAGGUUACCUUAUUUCAAGUAUCGGAAGUCAUCGUGGCCACGUGGAUAUUAUCUCAACAAUUUCUCCAGCCUGUUUGUUGAUUCCUGUGACUGCACAGAUGGCUGCAUCGAUAGGUCAAAAUGUGCAUGCCUACAGCUAACGGCAAGAGGCUGUAGUAAAAUUUCUCUGUCUCCAGGUAGUAAAAGAUGCCGUGGAUACCGGUACAAAAGACUGGAGGGACCUGUUCCUAGUGGGAUUUAUGAGUGCAGUGUGUUGUGCAGGUGUGACAAACUGAUGUGUCAGAACAGAGUUGUACAGCACGGCAUUCAAGUCAGGCUGCAAGUGUUUAACACGGAGAAGAAGGGCUGGGGCGUCCGCUGCCUGGAUGACAUUGACAGGGGGACAUUUGUUUGUACUUACUCAGGUAGAUUAAUGAGCAGAGCUGAAGUAUUGAGAGAUGCUGAGCAAGAGCUGAAAGAGAAAGGUGCAGUGAAUGACAGAGGUCAUGACUUUUCUUCCAAAAAAAGAAAACUUGACACUGAUAGUUCAGACUCAGUGAUCGAACUGGUGCAGACGGAUGAAAAUGACAUUCCUGAGAAUGAGGAAUCUUUAUCUAAGACUGUGGAUAAUGAAAAUAAAUCAACUCUGGUUCAUCCAAAGAACUCAAGUAAUGCAGCUGUGAGAAGGCCUGGAACUAGAACACUUGUUUUUCGCAAUCACCAGCUAAAAAUGGUGCACAGUACCAGCUCAGAUGAAGAUGAUAGUUCUCAGAUUCAUCAGUCAAGCAAAACAAAACUAACCAGUGGAACAAAGAAAGGAAAAGAAAAAUCCACCCAGCAGCAGAAGGAAGAACAUCUGAUGGAAAUUGGACAGACUGGCUCUGCUGAUGUGGACAGUGCAGGAUGCAAAAGAAAGAGUCUGUCACUGCAGGGCAUUGAUUGUGGCAAGUCAGGUGUGCUGAAUGACAUGUGUAUCGUGAGGCCAUCUAACAAUGCACCCCUAAAAGCUGACUGCAAAAAAGAAAAUAGCAGGCAGUCAAAACAAGAUGCACUUUGUGAGGAGGCUGAUGGUGGUGGGAUGCUUCCCAGGAAUGCUAAUGAAGAAAAUAUUUACGUACUGGAUGCCACAAAAGAAGGAAAUGUGGGUCGUUUUCUAAAUCACAGCUGCUGCCCAAAUCUCUUUGCACAAAGUGUGUUUGUAGAAACUCACAACAGAAGUUUUCCAUGGGUGGCAUUCUUCACAAACAGACAUGUGAAAGCUGGAACCGAACUCACAUGGGAUUAUGGUUAUGAAGCUGGAAGCAUGCCAGAGACAGAGAUUUCCUGUCAGUGCGGAGUUCAGAAGUGCAGGAAAAAAGGAGGGAUGCGGGCUAUCGCCUUUUCCAUGGAGAAAGCCCUCGGGAAAUGGCUGCCCGACGGCAUCCCGCGGCAGUGCCUGGCACGGGAAUCGAACCCGCGUAUCCGAUCCGUGACCCCGGCACACCCGAACGCGCAGGGGGGCCCCGGGCGCGCCUCCCUUAUCAGGUGCCGGCGCCGCAGCGGCACGCCUUCCCCCAGGCGCGCGGGGGCUGCAGCCAAUCAGCGGCGGGCGGCUGCGCGGGGCGGGGCAGCGGCGGGCGCACCGCGCAUGCUCUGUGUCCCGGCCGGGCACGCUCACUUCCGCGCGGGAGAGUUGAGGGCGGGGGAGGGGGCAGAGGGAGUGACAGCUCGCGCGGGCCGGGCCGGGCCGCGAGCGGGCGUGUGGGGUAACAGGUGUGUGAUUUCUUUCUUUCUUCCUACUUCCAUAGAUCCAAUCCUGCACUGCGCUGGAAAGAAGAGGAGAGCAGAGCAGGAGCUGAGGCACACCAGGAUUUUUCUGGAGCCUGUAAGAACACCAGGGACUGUAGACUCCACCUUUAGCCCCUUCCUUACAAAAUUCCUAGAACUGGAUGCUCUGACUGGGCCUGAGCAGGGCUUAUGUAUCUGCAUCGAUUCCAGUUUUACUGCUCCAGGUGCUUUCUGGAUAAUGGCGAAGAUGGUGAGAAGAACAUGUGCGUUUUGUUCAGAAGGGGAGGCCGGCUCUGUAAUGUACAUUGCCACAGAGAGAGAUAUUGCAGCUCAUCAGGAUUGUCUGUUAUUUUCCUCAGGAUUUGUGGAAUCUGAAGAUCAGAACCCAGAUAAUCUGGGAAUAAGAUUUGAUGUGUCAUCAGUGGUAAAAGAGCUCAGGAGAGGAAAGCGGCUGGUGUGCAACUUCUGCCGCAAGAAGGGGGCCACGGUGGGCUGCGAGGAGCGCGCGUGCCGCAGGAGCUACCACUUCUUCUGCGCGCUCUGCGACGACGCGGCCGUGGAGACCGACCAAGUCAACGGCGUCUACCGAGUGUUCUGCCCAAAACAUGACCCAGGGAAUAGGACCAGUCACUAUGAUAAAGCUAAUAAGAAAAGAAGACGUACAUUGACAUCUCCCACCAUCACAGAAGAAAUGAGUACAGAAGAGACAGCAGAAGAAAACCAUUUACGAAUACUAAAAAGAAAAAACAACAGGCAUAAAGUUCGAAUAGACUUUGUUAGGAAGUGCAAACAAGCUGGGCUUCUGGAUGACAUAUUUGAAGAAAUGCUGGACACACUUCACCUGGCUCAGGAAAAACUGAUGGAUGACAACACUUCAGAAACAGAGUAUGAAGAGACAGUGAUGGCACUGUUUGACUGUGGACUGUUUGAAAAUAUACUGUCAAAUAUUCAUUCAGGAACAGAAGAAAAAAUCCAGGAACUUCUGGAAAACAGGAAAAGACUGGAUCACAAGAUUGAGCUGCUGCAGGACUUAAAAGCAGUCAUUGCUCCUACUCCAGAGAACACGGCCAGUACAUCCAGUACGAUAUCUGAAUAACCCGUCUGUGAUGGUCGCAAUAGUUAGGAUUUUCUAAUGAUUAAAACCAUAGAGCAGAAUUGGGUCAGUGUCCAAUUCCCCAGCCCCAAGACAAGGCCUGAAUGAGUGCAAGAAUGGGGUGUUACACCCAUUUGUAUACCUCACUAUUGCAAUCAAGUUCUUCAAGUUUUCAAAUCUUCAGAUUUUACAAUGGAAUAUAAAUGAGUGUUAUAAACUAAAUUUAGCUUUUGCAAAAACUCAACAGAGCCAAGGAGUGUUCAGCUGCCACAGAACACUUGCUAAAGUCACUUUAACUGUGGGAACCCUCUCCUGGCUGGGCAAUAAAUAGCUGCCUCCCUGUCCAUGUCUGGGCAGCGAUGUUUGAAGGAGCAUAGUGCUGUUUUGGCUUUCCCAAAGAUAAAUGAGCAGAACUUGCACUCAAAGAAGCCUUCUGGAUUCUAAACAAGAGAUCCAUUAAAAAAGCCAAAUUAUUCUUUAUUGACUGGUCAGUGUGUAGCUGUUUCUGCCGUAAUGGCAGUGGUAAAGCACUGUAUACUCAGAACGUACAGUGUCAAAUGGAGCAAAACCAUGGACUGGCUCUUCCCUUCUCCAUUAAGAAAGGAUUCAGCAUUCAUGUGUUUUGUCUAUGGAAUAUUGUUUGAAUACAGCAAAGGUUUGUUUAGCCACAAAGAUUUAAGUUAACAAAAUUAAACAUUUUUUGAAAGA